AUGUUAUUUCCAGCUCUAGCAUAUUGUUAAAACCUUGUUUCAGUAAGCGCGCAUUUUCGGGUUUACCGAAAUGCAGUUUGUUUUGUGUUUGAUAUUUAUAAUUCAUGCAGCAAAUAACGCUGCUGAUGCAUCUAAGUUGAACCACCCUCGCGUGCUAUUGCCUAUAUUUAAAGAGAAAGGCGUUAACUUCACCCUAGAAGUCGACGAAGUCAACUGCUACAAAUGGUCGUCCUCACGCCAGGACUUAGUUUCUGUCAUGCCCAUCUAUAACGGCUUCAGUGACUGUGCAUACCAGGCGGUGGUGACGGUCCGUACUUACGAGGGGCGCCGAAACAUGGCGAUCAUAUUGGCCGAGGAGGUAAAAACAGGCGAGACUCUCCGUUCUGACGUGAUUGUGGAUACCAUCGCCAGCCUACACGUGAGCACUGCCACCCGUCAGCUUUACCUAGAGGAGGCACCCGCCAUGUUUGAGCUGCACGCCUUUGAUGAGCAGGGCAACGAGUUCUUCACUUUGGAGGGUAUUGAGUUUGACUGGGACAUUUCGGAGGCCGGCAAUAGAAAGCCCGCAGCACUGCACUACGUCACUUUCACAGACAGUCCUUACCAUACUGUGCCGCCCGCCCUGGAGAAGUUCGAGGCCGUGGGCACCAAGGGGUACGCGAUCCUUCUUGAGGGCAUUAAUACGGGCACCGCCAAGGUUACUAUUGGCAUGCCCCAGGCCGAGUACAGGCACGUGCGGCCUAUCGAGGUUUUCAUAAGCGUCCUAGCAAACAUUAUUAUUGAACCAUCUGAGAUCACCAUCCUUGCCGGUGACUGUGUUUCUUUCCACACACUGCAGCUCAAGAUAGACCGACAGCACGACAUCGACAACAGGCAGUACUUCUUGGAGGUGGGGGAUGCCAGCAUUGCUUACAUGCGGGGAAACAAGGCCACGGGAGCAGCUGUCGGCCGCACUCAGGUCUUUCUGCGUGACCGGAACAUGCCGUACUCCGAUAAGGUCACAAAUGGACCCAGUGCCAUACUGACCGUGGCGGAUCCCCACAGGAUGGGCAUCAGCCUGCUGCCCCACCUAAACUGGGUCACGGUGCAAGGCGAGCGUAUUGAAGUGGCCUUUGACCUAUUUGCUGCUGAUGGGCAGAAAAUUACGCUUGGCAGCCGGUAUGCCAUCAGCUCAGAGGUGGACGAGUCGUUGAUCGCCAUCGUUCAUCGAACACGCAACGGGAGCCGCAUAUUAGGAGAGGCGAAAAGAGAGGGAAUCACUCAGGUGUAUGGAUCAUAUAAAGACCUGUCGGUGCAAGCAGAGCUUCAGAUAUUUGAGGAGCUUCACCUGAUGCCUACAAUGGUGGUGCUGCCUUUUGAUCCAAACAGCUUGAAGCCAUUAAAGAUGCAGUUCCAUGCUUCUGGCGGCGAUCAAAACUACGCCUGGUUUUCUGGAAACCCGCAGGUGCUGCAAAUUGAUGCUCAGGGCCAAGCCACAACUGAAAUUCGAGAUACGUCCUUCGUGUCUCAGAAGAUAUUUGAGGAUAUCAGUUGGCUCGACGGCCAUACUACGGUAAAGGUGGCUCUGGCAAAGAACCAGAAAAUCUUCCGACAAGCGCAUAUAUACUUCCUGCCCCCUAAACGACUCCAGAUCCAGCGCAGUAACUUUGAAACCUCCCUGAAGGACUACGUGCACGUGCACGUGGGUGUGUACGCUCGGAUUAACAAUUCAGACGUUGCCUACACGAACUGCGACAACCUCCACUUUCAGCUUGACUUCAGCGAGAACAUUCUACAGCUGGAAGAUAACGAGGGAGCGGAAAAUCCGGUCAGUAAAGCGUGUCAUGUGCUGCGGCUGCGAGCCACAGCCGUGGGAAGUACCUUGCUACGUGUUUCGUACAUGUUCCAGGACAAAGUUAUUCACGACAGCGUUGACCUCUACGUAUUCGAGCCAUUGAGAGUGCUUAAUCCCCUUGAUAACGAGGUCGUGCUUCCCAUUGGGUCAUCUCGCAAUAUAAUCUACACUCACGGACCGCACCGUGUUUUUAGCCUAGCAGCAGAGCUCACCAAGUCUACUAGUUUUGACGACAAAGUAAUCAAGGUCUCUGAGGUAGACUUUGACACAGAAAAUGCCAUUACCGCGUUCACCGUGUUGUGUCGCGAGGUGGGUGAAACAUAUUUCACUUACCGAGUGCAUAAUAUCCUAGCCACGCCUAGCUUUGCAGUCUAUAGUUCAGAAGUGACCACUAAGGUGCAUUGCGUGCGUCCGCGCUUCUUAAAGCUGUAUGUUCGCCACAAUCUGCGUAAGUCCUGCCCCCUAGAACAGCGUUCCCCGCUACUUUUCCUGAAAGACCGCGAUAACAAAUUUGAGAUUGAGAUUGAGGUGCAGGAUUCAAAUAAUCGCAGGCUCAUGAAUGUAAGCUCUCUGCGGCUGGAUUGGGAGUUUGCCGCGGGUGACAAUCGUCUUUACAAGGACAAUAUUUCACACCUUCAGAUCUCUGAGUUAGAGUUCAUUCACGGAGUUAGUCUGCCGAACCGCGAUCUUCUCCUCCUGACGUUGAGCGAUGUGGCGGCCAACUUACGCAUUAAGGGCAUUGUGUCCCAAUAUAACGACAAGCUUCUCGCGCAACAAAAUAUUUACGCAGAGCGCCCUCCGUUUGGAAUUCGAAAUCCUGAAACGGGAAUAGUUGGCACGCCUCUUAUCGAAAACGAGGUACGAUUCCACACGGUUAACAGCAUAUUGUUGCCAAAAGAUCAUGUGAGCAUCUUUCUGGCUUCGGGGCACAGCGAGCGCAUACCCAUUAUGCAGGGCAGCGGUUACUUGCAGAUGGAGCUCUCAGAGACGGGCAUUGUUCAGAUUGAAUACAAUGAAGAGACCCGACUAUUAGUACUUAAACCGUUGCGUUUUGGUCAUGUGCGUCUUGAACUAACCGACCGCUGUUUGACGAAGGAAACUAGCCAUCUGUCCAUCUCCGUUGUGGGAAUCGGGGCCAUUGAAGUAACUAGCAUGGACCGGUUGGAACGCACAGCUCGGAUCGAGGCGAUCGUCAGACUCUUUGACACCAAUGAAAACUUCUUGGUCGUGGAUCGCAGCAAACUUAGUGUGUACGAUCUAUCCGAGGUGGUGUUCGACCAACGCAUAUUAAGCGUGCGCUUAGCUGAGCAAGGCAAUCUAAGGCCAGGAGAGAUUCGUUAUACCAUCACGGGCAACAACGUCGGCGAAACGAAGAUAGUUUUUCACUCCGGCAAGGGUACAGAGCAAGUGGCAAGUGAGCCGCUAAAUGUUCAGGUUUUCGCACCAAUUCGUCUCUAUCCCCGCGACUCCACUCUCGUCGUGGGCAGUAGCAUUCAGAUCUAUUACCAAGGCGGACCGCAACCAAACCACAAUAUGGUAUACACUGUGGAGAAGGAGCAUGUCGCAAGUAUCAGGUCUGACAUUGUUACAGCUCACAGGCUGGGAACCAGCAAAAUCGUGGGCAAAUGCCUUCUAAAAAAUCCCGUCACCGGAAAGGACGAGGUGGUCUCCCAGGACUUAGUGGAGCUACAUGUGAUUGCCCUCACAGGAGUGCAGAUUCGCACCCCACUGAUCCGCAUUCGUAGUGGGGCCGUAAUGCCUGCCACCUUAUGGGGCCUUUAUGAUUUGUCGCCCAUGGUCCUAGGUACUCUUCAAAACACCAAGAUCUUCUGGAAAGUCAACCAACCGCAGGUGGUUGAGUUAUUUAACAUCUUUACGGCUGCGGGAAUAGAGUACCUAAAUGAGGAUUUAAUAUCAGUCCGAGUACGAGCCCUUCAUCCUGGAAAAGUUACAAUCACAGCAUCGGUCAGUUUGGCGGACGGGACAACGCUGCCACCAGCCACUGUGGAGUUAAUUGUUUUCAAAAUGUUGGAGCUGAUUUCACCAAAACCCAUCAGAAUGGAUUCAAUUUUGGCAACACCACGAAGCACACUUCAGCUUAAAUCUAAUAUGGACGAUGCGGCUUAUGAGUUGGGCAGUCAGAGCAGUGGCAUUUUCAACGUAAAACCAGAUGGCGUUGUGCAUACAAAAACCACUCUCGGCCGUGAUCUCUUAAUUACCAAAACAACGGACCAAACACUGUCUAUCGGAAUCGAAGUGAAGAAUGUUCAAUACAUUUUGGUGGCGCUGAUGCCAAUCCUGAAAUUUAAAAAGGUCGAACACAAGGUUCCGCGUGGUAUGAACUUUAUGUUUAAAGUAUCGCUUCACGACAAUCUAGGCAACGAGUUCUCCCACAACGUCGAGGAUUCAAAUGGACUACGCUAUGAACUGGCUACCAAAAAUAUAGUCGAUGUACAGAUAAAUAGUAAUCUGACAAUAACGCUGAACCUACUACGGGAGACCAAUAAUGUUCUCGCCAUCAACCUAAGGGAUAUAACAGGAGUCAAGCUCGCCGAGGACUACAUCAAGCUGUCAGUGGUCGAGUCAGACAAAAUCUUUCCCACCAAGACAGUUUUCUCUGUAGCCGACAUCAUUUGCUUCGAUUCGCCCAUAGCAUUUUCAUCUACUUGGAGCAGCUCUAAUGAACAGCUUGUUUCGAUUAAUAAACACACAGGUAUUGCCCGAGUUUUGAAUCACAGAGAUGAGCUAGGCGAAAAGGUUGUGAUCACUAAUGGCGACGAGACUAAGCACGGCGGAUUCAUAAAUUUCAACAUGGAAGUUCGCGAGUCGGAUGCAAUCUUUUUUGCUAAGACAUUGGACAUAUUCAGCGGGCCGGAGUAUCGGGGACAUCUGGUUCUACGCCACCACUUGCAAGAAGACAAGCACAGUAACCUCAUUGCGCACAACGUAUCAAAGUGCGCCGGGCAGCUGGAUAGCAUGCCGGUAGAUGUCUUUACCUGUCGCUUAGCGGCCAAAGAAGCGCUAGGUCGUCAAUUACAAAAGAUGUACAAAGUAGAGGCCUUGUUCGAUGCUAGAGUCGGGCAGUAUACUUGUCGACUAGAGCUGGUUGUAAGCUUCAAUGAUCUGCUCGCCAUUAUCAAGACAAACGAUGUCUACAUGGAGCUGGAGGCGAAAAUGGCCAACGGUAUUUCUGAUAAAAUGUCAUUGAAAUUAGUACCUGGUAUCAAGGUUUUACCCGAAUCAGUGCGAGUAAAGGAUUUAAAGCAACAGGAGAUUCAAAUUAGUGGGCUGGACAAGGCGCUGCAUAAGAUUCAGGUUAAGCCAUCGGAAUCAAAAUACUUUUCUGUAGAAUUCAUUGAGCAUGGACAUGGCUUAAGCAAAUAUCGUUUACGUUUCUUCGACGACUUUCCUAUGGAUGAGCACUUCUACGUUCUGGUAAUAUCACCGGAGACGGAACAGAACAUUGAGGUGCCCAUUGUCGGCAGCACUAUGAUGACCCAAAAAUGCGCUGAACGUUCUUAUGGCGGAUCUUUUGUGUAUCGCGUACUGGAGAAUCUAGGCUUCGUGCUUACCACCACGGUUAUUGUAAUCAUAUCUGUCUGGGUAUACAUGUCUUGCUUUGAAGCACAGGGCGUCACGCAAGUCAACUCCGAGGUAUUCCAAAACAAAUCGGUGUCCAAGCUGGGCAGUUCUCCCCAUUUGUUGCAUCAGGCCGAAAGACUUAGUGGUCGACGAAGUGAGAAGUCAGAUUCAUUUUCGGAGGCGUAUAUAUAUGGACACCCUCGACUAAACUCCCCAUACAGAUCAGAAAACCCUUCUCGCUUUAGUUAAAUGUAUUGUUAAGACUAUCCCUAAUCCAUUAUUGUCCGGUUAUAAAAUAUAGUAAGAUGAACCCAUGCUGUACUUAUAUAUGUAAGUGGCUCAUGUAUCUUAAUUUAAAUAUCACACCAAAGGCGGAUUAGGG